AUGGGCAGGACCCUCCCUGGGAUUGCACAUGGUGCGGCCGGGACCUCUCCCCAUCACCUGCGCUCUCUGCCCGCCUCCCCCGGGGCCGGAGCCGCCCGAAUCCAGCUCCCCAACAUUUACCCCGCGCCCCCCGCGCUAACGCCCCGGGCCCGCCGGCAGCCGCGGGGAGCCCGGCUAUUCCGGGGCGGGAGGACCGGCCAGAGGGCUGCGGACGCCGGGAUUCGAGGCGGGCGCGGUUCCCGAGCAGGCGAGGGGGAGGAACCCAGCGAUCGGGGCACAGGUUUGCGCUCAGAGCCCAUGAACCCCCAGCUCUCUCUGGGACCAACCACUGUCUUCCUGCGCCUCCAUCUUGCGCUGAUGGAGCUGGGAUUUUGCGGCCUCUGGGAGAUCUUCACCCCCGUUAAAUCUCUUCUCCUGGCCCUUCCCGCCAGGGCUCAAGCCCAGCAAUCCGAGGCCGUGGGCGUGGGGGCUGCCAACACCUACAGCUUCCUAGAAAGCAGCUCUCCCUGGCAGCCGCUGGCCCCGCCCCACCCCCUCCUGCUCAGAGCCAGCCUCGGCCCAGUUCCAGACCAUGGGAGACACUGCAGACCAUCCAUCCUGCAGCCCCGGCCCAUGCAGCCGUCCGGCCGAGCACAGGCAGUCUCGGGCCCCCCAGCACAGAGCCAGCUCUUCUCCCGCUCUCCAGGGGCGCUGGGUCUGAAUGAGCCCAGAGCGCAGCUGCUGUGGUUUGGGAGGCCCCGGGGCCAGAGUCAUUGGGAUCCCUCCUCAGAGCGGGUUUCAGGAGCUACAAAGGAGCCUGGGGAAGGUCCCAGCUCCUCCCCAAAGCUCAGCAGGGCUGGCUCUCCCUACACCAAAGGGGGAGGACUCUUGGUGCUCCAUGGUUCUUUCCGGGCCCUUCUGGGGAUGAAGCAGAUUGGGACUUUGGAAGGACACGGAGGGUGCGGAAGGGCAUCCGGUUGCACCGACUCCCUGAAGGGCACGUUCCAGCAGACUACAGGGGAGCGGCGAAAACAGGAAGUGGCCGGCAGCUCCCGCUCUCGGCCCGGGCUCCGUCCCAGCGCCGGCCGGGCUCCCCGACGCGAGGAUUGCACAAGCCCCGCUGCCCGCCCCCGAGGGGCUCCGCUUGGGAAACCCGGGCUGGCAAAGUCCGGGACCCAGGGCUUGGGGUGUGUCCGGAGGCCCGGCCCGGGAGGAGCCCUGCCCCUUUCCACCCCACCCCCAGGGCCGGGGGCGGGGGGAGCGCUGCCCGAGGCUCAGCCACAGGCUCCCCCUCUCCCCCACCCAGGGGCGCCCGACAGGGGCAGAGGAGGACCCGGAGGCUCGCGCUGCCAGCCGGCCCGGGCACCCGUGCCAAGCUAUCGGCCCUCUGCCCGGCCCGGCGCCCGCAUCCUUCAGCCCGGCCCGGCCCCUAAUGGCAGCAUUCAGCCCAACCCUUUCAUCUCACACUUGGGGAAACUGACAGCCAGAGAGGGCGACUCGAUCAAAGGCAGCUCACGGCCAGGACCAGAAGCCAGGCGUCCCGACGCCCGCUUCGGCGUCCGUGCCAAUGAAUCAACCAACGAGCGGCAGCUACCGAGCCCCCAUACAAAGGAAGGCCCCCGGAGCCCUCCCCGAACCGGGCGGCUCCCCCGAGCCCCCCACCCGGGCGCGGGGGCAGCCCUGUCACGGGGCUGGGGCCUUUCGGCCGCGGCUCCGGGGGCCGCCCUCAGCUCGGGAUGCUCGGGGGAGCGGGAGGGGCUGCGGCCCCUGCUCUCGUUCCGGAAGGAGCUGGGGCAUCUGCGGGAGCCCGCGGAGGGGGAGAGGGGCGGGCAAGGGGGCUGGAGGCAGUUGCCCGGGCUGGGCCGGGCACGGCGGGGGGACGCCGCCCGCGCCGGGCGUGGGGAAGGGGGAGAGGCGAAGAGAGGGAGCGGGGCAAGUUCCUCGGAGCCGGGCCGGGCCGAGAGAAGGCUGGAGGCCAGGAGGCUUGGAGCCCCCCCGACGGCGCUGCGCGCUGAGCCCCCCGAUCCCGGCCCCGAGCCCCUGCCGCGAGCACUCACCGGGAGCCGGAGCCUGAGUCGCCACCGCUGCCGCCGCUCCCCACGCCUGCCGCCCGCUGCUGCGCUGCUCGGGCUGCUAGCGAGCGGCACCUCCCCGGAGCUCCGCCUCCGCCUCCGCCCCGCCCCCCGCCCCCAGCCUAGAGCCGCCCAGCGGGCAGACCCGAGCCGGCUGGGCCUGAGCCCGAGGCUGAGGGGGGGCUUCCCUUCUCACCCCGGGGGGAGACUGAGAGCCGGCCUGGGGAGAGGAACCCCCGAGGCUGAGGGGGGGCUUCCCUUCUCACCCCGGGGGGAGACUGAGAGCCGGCCUGGGGAGAGGAACCCCCGAGGCCGAGGGGGGGCUUCCCUUCUCACCCCGGGGGGAGACUGA